AUGUACCUAAAAUCCACACACACAUGCCUCUUGGACGGCAAUCAUCAAUGGGAAGUGACACUGUUCUGCAGUGCCGAAGCAAAUACAAUAAAAUCAGUAGACAUAGUUCCAAAAUCGCGUGGAGCCAAAGUGGUGCCAAAUGACGCCAAACCAGCACCAACUGCCUACACAAUGAUCUAUACUACUUCGAGUACCGUAAAAUCCGAUAAUCAUAUUCCAUACCAGUUUUCAGCGACAAUUACUUUUUUAAAGUCGAACGAGAAAAAGACAGUUAGUGUCCCUGCAAAUAUGGCAACUGACAGAAAGAGACGAAAAGCCGAUUUUAAUGACAAUAAUAAUGGACAAUUUGAUCAAUCCAAUAGUAAUCAUGAUAUUGAAGGUGAAGUUGAAGAUGUGUCACCACCGCCACCUCCACCAAAAGAUGAGAAAAUUAAAAGAUCUUGGAAAUGUUUUAAUUGUUUAGGCACUGUUAGUCAAAGAAAAAAGAAGACUGGCGAAAAUAUGGAUGAGAAAGGGGAAAUUGAUGAUGGAGGGAUUGGAUAA